AGGGGAAAGCAGGGGAGAUACCCACAGGUUGCAACAGCUUACUUCUCACUUCACAACGGUUUUCUGUUUAAUUUCUUUACACGUGCACGUGGUGACUCCUUUACACGUGAUGGUAAUGGCUGGUACAGCGCCACUAUGCUGGUGACCCUCAGCACGUCGGCCUUCGCGAUGGUUCUGGAAAUGUUCGGCAUCUCCGUCGUGGUGUCGGGCGCCACUUGUGACUUUAACCUGGGCCUCACAGAAACCAGCAUCCUUCUCUCCAUGCCGUUUGUCGGUCCUAUCGUGAUGGCGUUCGGCUGGGGAUACAUCUCAGACACAUACGGGCGCAGGAGAAGCUUGCGCAUUGCUCUAUGGGUGAGCUUCGCGGUGUCUGCCAUCAGCUCCUUUUCGCCCCACUGGAUCCUCUUAGCCGUCUUGAAGUUCAUCAGUACGAGUUUUUGCAGCUGCGCCCAGUCCGCAGCCUACACCAUGCUGGGUGAGUGCAGUACGGAGAACAGUCGCGACGCCUACAUCCUCGUCAUGACCAGUGUGCUAGACUUUAGUCUAGCUCUCUACGUCACUAUUUCUUAUUUCACCGUGAACCUGGAUUUCGCCUAUGAUCUGGGAUUAAUUACCUUCACACCCUGGCGUCUGCUGAACUUGGUGUUGUCAAUUCCUCUGGGCUUGGGAGCGUUGGGAACGUACUUCUACUACGAAAGCCCGAAGUUCCUGGUAAAUAUUGGAAGAAGUGAUGAAGCUUUGGAUAUCUUGAGGAAUAUUUGGAGUCGUAAUGGGGGACGUGGAAAGUAUCCGGUAAGCAAAGUGUAUCUGGAAGAGGAAGGGAACUCAAAAUCAAAGGAUUUGUCGUUCCUGCGCUCGUUGUGGGAUCAAAUAAUUCCCCUGUUUAAACCUCCUCUCCUCUACCGAAGUUUACAGCUUUACUUUUUGACUGCUGUGGUGUUUAGUACUAACAACAGCUACUACAUCUGGUUUCCGUUUCUGGCGGAAAAAUUCGCUUCUAGUCUCUCGUCAACAGACGGCAACUCAACUGUGGAACAGGUCAACGGCCUGUGCAGCAUUAUCGUCAGCGAGCAUCAGGCUGCCGUCAGUGGUGCAACCUGCUCAAGUACCGUGGACCUCAGCUUGGUCUGGUCCAGCCUCGCACAAGGAGCGAGCUUCAUGAUUAUCCUAUUGCUGAUCUCUAAGAUAGCGUAUCGCAAGAAGUUAUUGAUGAUUAUCAUUCUCUCGAUAUCUGGCUUCUCGACCCUGGGCGCGGUGGUCAUCAAUGACAGCAUCACCAGUUUUAUCAUGUACUUCGGGCUGCUAUUCAAUGAAUUGUGUAUGGGAUUCAUUUUCUCGUAUUUUGUGGAUCUGUACCCUACUUCGUAUAGAGGCACAGCAGCGUGCGUGGGUGUGAUGGUGGCUCGGACCGGUGCCCUCGGUGGCGUGAACUUCCUCGGCGCCUUCAUGAUUUCCCACUGCACCGUCACCUUCUAUGGCAGCUUCGCGUUAAUAAUUAGUGCUGUGGCGGUGUCAUUCUUGUUGCCGCCAGAUAAAUCGCUAAAUAAAACUGUUAGUACAUAAA